CCUCCGUCUCCAAACUUCCCUGGAGGAAGAGAAGUCUUCAGAGAGGAGAGAGGGAGGACAGAGAGAAGUAGAGCAGACGCGAGUCAGACAGAUUUCCUCUCUCUCUUCUGUCCUCUGAGUUUUUCUUUGCUGCAGACAUGUUGGACACACUCACCUUCCUCCUGGAGAAACUCUUCCUCCUCGCCCACAUCAAGCUCUCCAGCCUGCUGCCUCCUCUGGCCAGAGAGCGCGGAGACCCGCCGCUCACCAGGCGCUGUGAGCGGGAUGACUCUCCGCCGCAGCCCGCCGGAGCUCCGCAGAAGUUUCAGCGGGGGGACCUGCUGGAGGUCCCGCGGACUCUCUUCACCCACUUCGGCAUCUACCUGGGAGACAACCGGGUGGCGCACCUCAUCCCGGACAUCCUGCCGGUGCUGACGGCCGACAGCCGGCAGAUCCAGGAGAUGGUGACCAACACGCGGCUGCUGCUCGGGGUGCUCUCCAAGCGCGCCAGCAUCCGGGUGGACUCGGUGGAGGACUUCGCGUACGGAGCCGGGAUCCUGCUCAACGCCAUGGACCGGGCGGUGCGCCGGAGCCCGCUGUCCGGGGAGGAGGUGGCCCGGCGGGCGGAGCGGCUGGUCGGCACCGUGUCCUACAGCUUGCUGUGGAACAACUGCGAGCACUUCGUCACCUACUGCCGCUACGGGACGGCGCAGAGCCUGCAGACAGACCAGUUCUGUGAGUGGAUGAAGUCGCUGAUCCGGGACCGGCGUAACGUCCUCCUGACGGCGCUGCUCGGGCUCCUGUCCAUGGUGUGUUUGGGAAUAUCCUCCAGCACUGCCCUGCCCACCAUCCUCAUCCCCUUCACCCUGUGGAUGGCCAGCUAGAAGCUUCAGGACGAUACCCGCAAAAACGGGCCAAGCCGCCAUGUUGGAAGACUUGUAGAAAGGACGUAGUCGUCUGCAAACAAUUUCAUAUGUUAAUGAAGCUAAAUCCAUACGUAGCUCUUUUCCUGCUGCACAGGAAGCAACUGGUUUUAAUGUCUCUGUUUGGUUUAGAACAAAUGGGUGAAAAAGAGACAACUUUAAAACAAUUAAAGGUUUGUGGUUUUCCAACUUUAAUCUAUGUUAAAGGGACCAAAGAUCAUUUAUUAAUUACUCAUUUUUACUAAAGCUACAGGUUUUAUUAAGAAUGUGAAUUUGUUUUUGUCAGUCCUCCAACAUGGAGGAAUAUCUUUUCCAAACAAGACAGAAAACUGUGGAUUUGUAUACAAAACAGACAUUUUUUGCAGAAUUUUUUAUUGAAAUAUUUCAUAUUUUUUAUAUAAAAAAAGUACUGAUCAUUUGAAUUAGCUGUGAUGAUGCUGUCAGCCAAUCCCGUGUUGGGAGAAGUUAUUCUACAUCUGCGUCCAGUUCAGUUCAACCUUUAAAGGAUCAGUCUGGUGUUAUUCUGUAUUUUCCUUAUUGUCUAAAACAACAGUGUGUCCGACGCUCAGCUCCAAACCCAAUGGUUCACACUGAAGAAGUAAAUCUUUCAAAGCAUUUAAAACACAAAUAUAUAAUUUAUUUUAAAGACCAUGUAAUAAUAUGUGUGACUAACAGCUGGUCAAGAUGAAAAUUAUAGAAUAUCACCAGCGCCUGUUUCCUGUUUUUAAACACAUGACUAUUACCUUUAAUUUAAAAAAAAGAAAAUUAAGUUUUGAUUGAAAAAUCAAAUGUUCUUGGUCUUAUAUACGUGAAAUAACAGGCUUGGUCUCGGUUCCCACAUAUUUUUGGUGUUCAUUAGGAGAAAAUUCAACAUUUUCCGCAACUGUUCAAGAAGCAUAAAACCCUGAAACCGAAGGAAAACCAUAAAGAAUGACCCAGAUGGCAGUUAAGAGGGUUUCAUAUGAUGACAACAAAAGUCUUAACAGAAAAUCAUCUAUUUACCAGCUUUUUUCCACAGCUCGUAACCACAUCUUGGUUUUGAAAGCCCUGGAAAAAGCUUGUAAGUGAAGCAUGAGUUAAAGGUUUUUAUUUAGUUCUUGUGACACUACUACCACGCUCAGCAGUUUUUCUGUUUUCAUUCCACCCCCGACUGAAAUCUGUUCAGUUUUUACACAUGUAAACUGAGAAAAACAAAUCAGUUUCUUUCCCUUGUAGAUCACAAUGUUUUCAUUUCAGCCCCGAAGCUCUUCUGUAAAUAUCUGUAGAUAUCCUUCACGACCUGAUUGUUUUCUAACAGUCACAAACUUUUGUACAGAAUUUAUUUUUUACAACGCUGUAACACUUUAUACUGUUUUUUUAAUGUAAAUAAAGGAAGUGGAAAUAGA